AUAGCGUGUAGUGUCGUGUGUAGUGGCAAGACUGCAGCAUGUGUAGUGUGACAUAGAUCAGCUGUUGGCACACCAUGCUCGACAUCAAGACCUCAGCAGACUAUCUGAGCCGCACCUCCACCUUCACCAACUUCUCCAUGCUCUUCGAUACAUCCUAUAAAGGCUCAUGGAGUGCGCACACCCCCUCCCCUUCACAAGGCUAUGCCAAUUCCUUGGCCGUCACAAAAUCCUCCCUCGACCCCCACAGUCAUCUGAGACAACCAGAUCCAUAUCAGAUGUUCGGCCCUACCAGCAGCAGACUGGCGAGUUCAGGUUCGGGACAGAUCCAGCUGUGGCAGUUCCUGCUCGAGCUACUGUCCGACUCUACGAACGCCAACUGCAUCACGUGGGAGGGCACGAACGGCGAGUUCAAGCUGACCGACCCAGACGAGGUGGCGAGGCGCUGGGGAGAGCGCAAGUCCAAGCCCAACAUGAACUACGACAAACUGAGUCGAGCUCUUAGGUACUAUUAUGAUAAAAACAUAAUGACCAAGGUUCAUGGGAAGCGAUACGCCUACAAGUUCGACUUCCAAGGGCUUGCGGCGGCGACUCAACCAGCGGCGGCGGAUCCGGCGGCAUACAAGUACCAGUCGGACUUCCUCAUGUCGAGUUACCACCACUCUACGAAGUUAAACUUCAUGAGUCCGCACGCUGGUAUCCCCUCCUCGUCAGCAAUAACUUUCCCCUCGCCCACGUCCUACUGGACCAACCCUGGCGCCAACUUGUACAGUAAUAUCGCGGCGGCGUCAUCGCACUCCAUGUCUCACCACCCGUCGCACGUGGGCUCGCACCUCCCCACCUACCCUCACUACGCAUGACCGUCACCCUCCGACUGGCCGCCGGGUCCCCUGGCUCUUGUGUAAAUAUUCCCCGCCGCGCCGUCCACGCUCCUGUUUGGUCUAAUCUGCAUGGACUUCGCACUGACUCCAAGUCUUGAUUAUAAAACCACCUAAUCGGUUUUCAUGAUUAAGGCUCCAAGUAUCCAUUCACACGAUCCAAGAAUUGAAAUAAAAAAGAACAAUAUACCCCCAAUUUCCAUCAAUUCGGUUUAAUUGAUUAAUACAAUUCAAUAACAUUCUAAGUUUAACAAACAUUUAGACAUGCUACAAAUGUGAUUAUAUUUAGAUUAUUUAGUCAGAACGUCGUUAUUUAAUGUACAUUAUGUGAACAACUUUCUAUAAUAUUAAUUUAUCUUAAAUUAAAAUAAUAAAGUUCCAAUUUUUAUCAAAGUAGCAUACGUUAAGCUCAUUUGUAACACCAUUUUGCACCAUAUAAUAUAUGUUCGUUAUAAAAUGUACCAUAAAUCUCCAAUUUAGAUAUAUUUACUGUAAAAGUGAGUUCGUUAACUCAUAAACAUCAUAAAUAUAUAGAUAAUUUUAUAUUUUGAAAUAUUUUUCUUAAGCGUUGGAUUUUAUCUUAUAAGUAUGUUUUUACAAGAACGUUAUGAAUUAAUAUAAAAUAAUAAUAAAUUUACAUUAAACUUAUAGUAGCAGUUAGUUUUGGACAUUUCAAAUAUCGUGUUAGAAUUAAAUACCGAUUCCAUUUUAUCAACCUACCGGAAACUCUUUUUAUGAGUUUUUGACAAGAUUCACGUAUUUUAGUUUGAAGUUAUACAUACGUUUUGAUAAUAAUAAAUGGAAGUUUAGAGCCAUAAUAUUUUUUGUUAGGUCGAUUAUGUUAUUCUACUGACCUUUAGUUACUGUUAAGCCGUCGCCCCUGGCCCAUGAUUAUUCACAUCAUGGUUUCCUCCGUUCCCCUCGCUAGUAGGUAACAAAAUAUACAUUUUGUUCUAAAACAUAUUUUACACAUUUUUAAACCAGAAAGUAGAAUAGUUCCUCGCCGAUUAGACCAAACAGGAUGCCAGCCCCGCCAGCUGCACGGCCUGAGGCCAGUGAUCGGCUACCAGAAAGGCAGUCGGCCUCACAGUAGGCCGAGGUCACCUAUCGGACAAUACUGUACAGUUUCUCUUGUUACAGCGGAGACUGAUCUUAAACAAGUUUGUUUUCGUUUUAAGAGCUAAAGUUUUCUCGGACUUAACGAAAGAAUGUGAUGUGGCAAACCUUAUACGAAAAUAAAUUAUUUUCUUAUGAAAAUAAGCGAACUAGUCUUGUACCAAGGACACGUUGUCAAGUGAUCAGUUAUAGCACACAUACCUGUGUGUUUUAUAUGGUUUUAUAUGCUAUCAUAUAGGGGGAUAAUUUUAGGCUAAAUUAACAAAUACAACGGCUAUCGUAUUAUGUAAAAUGCAGAUUUUAAAAUUGUGUUUUAAUUUAAAUUUGUAAAUAUUAUUUAACACGCAGUCCAAAUUUGUGAUUAUUUAUUAUUUAUUUAUUCUUAAACGAUGUAUAUUUAUCAAUUGUUACCAGUGAUAUAUCUACCAUUGUUUAGUUACUUUAUAGAACCAACUAUUUUAUUACUGUAAGUUUGCCGAUUUAUGUAGGUAUGUAAAUUUUCUCUGUUUAUACAUUUCCAGCCUGAACCACCAUAAAAUGUUAAAUUUACCUUUUCUAUUUACCGGUAAAAUAUAAUUGUUUAAUGCAUAAUUUUCAGUCCUAACCUGAUUGGAAGUAUCCUUCGAAUCAAAGCUCUUUGGAUAUCAACCAUAAAUUCAAAUGUAGACAUAUACACAUUUCUUAGACUUUACAAUUUCAUUAUUGUAAAAACAUGGAAUACUAUUUAGUUUUUAAUUUACUGAGUUAUAUAUGUAAUACAUUAUACGAUUUGGCAAUAAGUAGUUUAAUUGGAAAGUGGUUUUUCGUGAUAAAACGCUUUUAAUUAAUUGAAACUAUUAUAAUUCUUUUUAUAAGGAGGCAAAUGUUGUGUAAAUAUACAGUUUAUAGCCUGUACGUUACAUUUAUUAUGGUUCAUUAGGCUGACAUUCCAAUUUAUUGUUUAAACGAUGAUAUAAAAAUGGAUCUCAAUAAUGAAAAAGUUGUAUGAUAAUGUGUAAACUAGUACUUAUUUAUGUAAUAAUGUAAGUCUCCUGUAACUAGUCAUUGCCAUGUUAAAUUCAGUACAUUUUUGUUGCGUGUAUUUAGAUUAUAUUAAUCUUUAUAUGUAUGUAUUUUAAAUUAUGCUAUAGUCAGUUUACUCGAAUAAUAAAAUACUUAAAAUGUUUGUUAUUUCGCAAAUGUAAACAUUUAAUACCUGUCCAACUUGAGUUUGAAAAUAAUUACUCAUUAGAGGAAUGUACAUUAGAAUAUUUUAAGACUACGUGUUUCAAUUUUCAAAGUGAUAUGUGUUUUGUAUAAGAAUAGCAGUUUUUAAUUAUUUGUUACAAGUUGUAUGAAAAUAUUAUAAAAUUGAAGAUCUUAUUAACUCUUAUUUAUAUCUUAUCUUUUUUGUUAAUCUUUGAUUCUAGAUCUACCAUUAUUGUUCUUUAAAUUGUGUAUAAAUCUAUUAGAAUAUGUCACCUAAUGCUAAAAGCCGUUUAAAACGUUAUGGUGUCGCGUUAUAUAGCAGCAAACGAUAGAAAUAGUAAUUUGUUAUAGAACACUAUUGAACAACCAAACACAAUAUUGAGAAAACUCUAAAAAACUCACACAUUUUAAAGAUUUAUUGUCACUAGAAGAUUUAGACAAGUUAAAAUUUUAAAAUAACUAAUUAAUGUGGUAGCGCUAUCCACAAAUCGCUGUCCAGAACUAGUUUUUCCUUACAAAAUUUCUGCCACACAUCUAUCAUAGGACGAAAUGGUUAUUCUUCCAUGUAUAGUGAAAGCUUGUAUGAAGUUGGGACUCUUUUACACAACAAUAAAAUCUACUUGUUAUUUAUCAUAUCUGAUGGGUUAGAUGUGAAUUACUUGAAUUAAAUCUGUUCACCAACAGUUUUUACACCAAUCACUGUAUUUUGAAAUUGUAAUAAAGACAGUAAAAAUUCUAAAUUUAUCCUAUUGGAAUAAUACAUCUCAGUUUGAAAUAUGAGAAAUAUGAUAUAUUAUUGAAAUAUAAAUUCUUUAACGUGCGUUUAAGUUAAUUCAAUUGCUUUGAUUACUGAUCUCACAUAAUCCUCAACAAUUAAGUAGAAUUCCAUGUAUGACUAAGCAGAAAAGAAUUACUAAAAAGAAAAUAAUGUUAAUGUAAAAGCUCUGUAAAUAGGGCUAUUUUAAUAUUUACGCUAAGCAUGUUGUGGCGUCAAUUUAUUUCCGAAAACUUACCAAACAAUUGCUUCUCUUCUGUUUUUACAGUGUAAAGAUUUAAAGCUUAAAAUAUUUAUAUCUAUAGUAUUUUGGAGAAACCUGGUAACAUAUUAAGUACAUGAAAUUUUAUGGUGUGAAAGCUUUAUUUAUACUAUAGACUCCCAAAGAGAAUCAAAAUAGUGUACUAUGUAAACCUAGUCAUUAUAUUCUAGUUUAUGCUCUGUGAUUUUAUUUAUUUGUGCUAUAUUAUAAUCAAUUUAUAACCUUAUGUUGUACGAAUUGUUUAUUUGUAAGGUAAUACUGAAUGUAAGAUGGCGAUGCCUAGAUAUAAGGUUGACACUGUUAUCAUUGUCCGCUGAGGCGUCUGUAAACAUAAUGUACUGUAUUUAAGUGUUUGUAGGGUCGGUUGAAAUAUAAAACAGAUAAUACCA